AUGGACUAUAUUAUUGGAUUGCCAAAAGUUGAGGAUUUUGGCACUAUCAUCGUCGUGGUGGACUGUUUAUCAAAGUACGCACCUUUCAUCACAGCACUUAAGUAUAUAUUAGCGAAAGAGAUAGCUCAACUCUUCUUCAAACAUUUAUCAAAUACUGGGGACUGCCUAAAGACAUCGUCAGUGAUCGAGAUCCUCGUUUCGCUGGCAAAUUUUGGACCAAGUUGUUCAAACUUCUUGGUUCAACUUUGCAAAAAAUGGGUGAAACUCUUGAUUGCAGCUCAGAUUUGCUUCAAUGUCCAAAAAAGCUCUUCUACCAAUAAGAGACAUUUUGAGGUUGUUACUGGCCAGCAACCGUUAUUCCCUCAUACAGUGGAUAUCGAACAAAAUCUAAAGCACCGUUUCCUUGAAUUCAACGUUGGAGAUCUCGUAAUGGUUAAGCUUCCUGACAUAAAUGUUUAUAAACCGACAAGAGGAAAGAACUCAAGAUUAGCGCUGAAAUAUAUUGGACCAUUACUCAUCGUGAAGAGGAUUGGAAGAGUCACAUACAGAGUUGAACUUCCUUCAUGGUGUAAAAUUCACAAGGUCCUUCAUCUUAGUGUGCUGAAGCCAUACUUUGCAGAUAAGGAGGACACAUCUAGAAAUGAGCCAAAAUGUAGCAACGACGAGAAUACUAAGGAAAUAAAAAAAGAUCUUGGAGCCUUCAAACCGUUGAUUAAACCAUAUCGUGCAUUGAUGGCACCGAGGACAUUGUCAAAACAAAUGGGAGAGAAUAUCAAAGACCAUUUAGAAGAGAAUUUUGAUAGAGAUGACGGGGAAGUGAUUCACGAUAUACUGAAUCUAAGUAGGGUUGAAAGUACCUAA